AUUGGGGAUUUAUAGCCUGCCUUAUUCAGAUAGGGGCAUCAUAGCUAGUAACGUUAGCAAAGGCGUUGAAUCAACCUACUAGAUACCCAGGAAAUCAUAACUUCACUAUCUUUUACCAUAACUAUUUCUCUGAAGAGCAGAAUAGGAAAAAAGGUGUCCAAGAAUGCAUUAUUCUGUUGGACACGUCUUGUGUGGGACUCGAGGAGGCGGGUUAGGUGAAUGUAGAGUCCGUCAUAUAGGGCCUAAUAGGCCAGAAGAGAUCCCCCAACCGCCGAAUGAUUGGCCAGACAUCAGGGGUCUCAGUCAGCUUCAGGCCAGCCGCGAGACAUGGCUAAACGGCGACGCUAUUGAGUUGUCCAUGAAGUCUUACCACGAAGAUCUCCCGACACAGACGCGGAAUAUCAUUCACCUAGUGGAUACAAGCAUCGCAGGCAUCUUCGAUAGAGACGAGAGAGGGAUAAAUAAUCUUCUAAAGGGGCGCUACGAUAGGUUCUUCAGACGUUUUACGCAAACAGAAUACACCAUAUGGCCGUGUAAUUUUAACGACAUCCACUGGGAGUUGGCGGUGAUACAUAAAGGCCGAUCAGAUCCUAACAGUGACAAGUGGGACCAGAUUCUUCAGGUAGCCGUCAUCGACCAUUGGAAAGACGAUAAUUACAAGCAACGCAAUGAUAUUAUCGCGAAUAGGUUACGGAGGAUUUUUACGAGGAUCGGAUUCACGAUCGCAGCUGCUUGCGAACGCGUCGUAUGGCCUCCUUGGCAAAAGGAUAGUUGGAGUUGUGGGCUCCGCGCGUUUUGGACGGCGAAACAGAUGAUGGACCGCAUCAACGAUGGUGUAGCGAGAAAUACGGGAUAUGAUGAACAACUCUGGGCUCCCUUGAAUCCGUGGUUUAAUCCUGACCAAGUGCGGUGGGAGAUGAUUGGUCUUAACGCAUAUGAAGCUGUUAAGGGCAUGAACUAUAAAGCAAGGGUCGCUGUCGAACUGGUUGGUCGCGUGCUGAACAGCUCGGGGAAACUGCGGGAUGCUGGAGAUGUAAUGCGACCGCCUCCUCGCGGCAGCCGGGGCUCUCCGGACAAAGAUCAUGAUUCGAAGAAACCACCCGAAGGACCAGACGAGGGAGACGACAGUGGUGAUAGCGAUGACGAUAUCAUCGAGAUACCUCCCGAAGUAUUUAAAAAACGAGCCGUUGCCAUACCCGUCCCUAACGAACGGAGAGUGGCGCCGUCAUGGCCUAUCAAGCAAGGCGAUCGAGGAACCGGUCGAAGAGGAGAAAGGAAUAAUUCUGUUUGGCCAAGGUCAAACGCAGGCAAUCCGCCGGUACAGAGCACUUCAAACUCCGGAAGACCUGCCGUUCUCGCGGCGAAAAGGGACCAAUUCCGAGUACGAGAUCGGAAGUUCCGGGGACGUAAAUAAGACUAUUCUAAUUUCAACCACGGUAUGAUAUUUGAGAUUUGGCGGGAAUGAGCUGAGUGCUAGAAAUGGAGUUCUAAGAGUGGCGAAUGUACC